CUCCUUUUGCUUCAGAGUGGUAGAGCGGACUGACAUGAUCGUACCAUUCUCCAACCACGGGGGAACUCAUGUUGGUUGAGUAACCGAAGCUGCAUUCAUUUUCAGAGCUUCAAGUUUCCUGUCUCCCCCGCUAUGUUUUUUAUCGGUGGACCAGCCCGAGAUGGAGGUUGGGAGGGGGUGCUCAGCAGAGGAGAGAGGGAGAACAGCAUUUUGAAACCCAGCUGAUCAGAGCUGUGGUAUUCUGCCACCGAGGCAGAGGCAGGGGGAGCGUGACUGGGAAAAGAGAAGAGAAGGCACCUGAAGAAUUUAUGAUUUUAAGACGGAGGUUUUACAAAUUGAAGAGGGGGAAUAUAAAUGAUUUUUCAUUUCAUUGGCAUCUGCGAACUCAUGUGAAGAGAGAACCUCUGUGGGAAGAUGUGAGAGCCUUUGGCAGGGUGGAAAUCUAAGGAGAAACACACAGAAAAGGGUUUACGUCAGGCCCUGGAAAACAGUUCAGGGAGUCCUUUGAUUCGAGAGAGGGUUGAAUAGCCCCCGUGGAAAGAGGAGUGAUGUCUUGGCUGUCACCCGUGUCAUGGGCCAAAUGGACGUGGACGGCAGUGCGAGGGGGAGAGGGAGAGGAGGAUGAAGAGGGGCAUGAAGAGGGGCAUGAAGCCAGCGAAGAGAGGCAGCAACUUGGAGAGGAGGAGGAGGAGGAGGAGGAGGAGAAAUCUCAAAGCUACAGCUCUGACUCAGAGAGUCAUUUUGAAACUCCUGAAGCAUCAACUCCUGUCCACGCUCCUUCAACCUUCCCCGAAGAGCUGGAGAACAACAACACUGAUGCAGACAAAACAGAUGUGGAUCAGGAGGAGCAGCUGAUAGUGACUGCUCCUGUGUUGGAUCUGGAUUUUUGGCUCAGCCACAACAUGGGUCAGGAUGAGCCUGUGGCGCCCAUGGGUGGCCUUCUGGAGGUAAACUUUGAGACUCUGCCCGCACGGCAACCAGAGAAACUCCCAGAGGCCUUGGGCUCUGCCUCUGCACCAUCAUUAGUGAAUGAAGAGCCUGAAGUGCCUGAAUGCACAGCUGUAUCCUCUGAGCCAUUCCAAGUCCCGGCGCCUGUCCUAGUUGCAGCUCCAGCUACAGCUCUAGAUCCAGCUCUAGAUCCAGCUCUAGAUCCAGCUUUAGAUACAGCUUUAGAUACAGCUUUAGAUACAGCUUUAGAUACAGCUCCUGCUCUGGAUCCAGCUUUAGAUCCAGCUCUAGAUCCAGCUCUAGAUACAGCUUUAGAUACAGCUUUAGAUACAGCUCCUGCUCUGGAUCCAGCUCUAGAUCCAGUUUUAGAUACAGCUCCAGCUCUAAAUCCAGCUUUAGAUACAGCUUUAGAUACAGCUCCUGCUCUGGAUCCAGCUCUAGAUCCAGCUUUAGAUACAGCUCCAGCUCUAAAUCCAGCUUUAGAUACAGCUUUAGAUACAGCUCCUGCUCUGGAUCCAGCUUUAGAUACAGCUCCAGCUCUAAAUCCAGCUUUAGAUCCAGCUCUAGAUCCAGCUUUAGAUACAGCUCCAGCUCUAAAUCCAGCUUUAGAUACAGCUUUAGAUACAGCUCCUGCUCUGGAUCCAGCUUUAGAUACAGUUCUAGAUCCAGCUCCAGCUCUAGAUCCAGUUCUAGAUCCAGCUCCAUCUCUAGAUCCAGCUCUAGAUCCAGUUCUAGAUCCAGCUCCAGCUCUAGAUCCAGUUCUAGAUCCAGCUCCAGCUCUAGAUCCAGCUCUAGAUCCAGUUCUAGAUCCAGCUCCAGCUCUAGAUCCAGUUCUAGAUCCAGCUCCAGCUCUAGAUCCAGUUUUAACUCCAGCUCCAGCUCAGUCUCCUGAUCCUACUCCUCUUCCUGCUUCUCUUCUUGCUCCUACCCCAGAACCAGAGCCAUUCCAUUGCAGUGAACCUGCAUUCAGCCCAGCUCCCGAGCCCCUUGAGCAGAAACCUCUGGCUGACCCAGAACCACAGUGCAAUGGCCUUGAUCAGACAGAGCCCCCUCAAAAGACCAAACACAGGAAGUCUAAGCCUCCAUCACUCGAGGUCAAGGCUUCAGUGGACGAACCUCCCCAAACAAUUGAGGAACAGGAACUUCCUCUUCCCAAGGCCACUUACAAAUUUGACCCUGACCAGCUGGAUGACGGCUUUAACCCUUUCACUUGCGGCGGAUCCAAAAUCCAGAACUCUCCCCCACCGUUUGGUUCCAGCUCUUUUCCCAGACUAGAGCCAAUCGGUUGCUCUUUGCCAGCAUGUGAGGACAGCGCAGCCCCUCCAGUAGAAGCUGAGUUGUCAUUGUCGUCGUCGUCAGAGGCAAAGUCCGUAAUGCUCGAGUUCGGUUUGGACGAGGGGACAGUCACCAAGCCACCUCCAAGGAAAUUAGGUGGUAAAAAGAAACUGGCAGCUAAGAAGAAGGCCAAAGCGUCAGAGGCUUCAUCUAAACCAGCACCAGAACCAGUUUCUAAACCAGCACCAGAACCCAUUAUCACAGAACCAGUUUCUAAACCAGCACCAGAGCCAGUUUCUAAACAAGCACCAGAACCCAUUAUCACAGAACCAGUUUCUCAAACAGUGUCAGAACCGGUUUCUGAUCCUCUUCCAGAAACUGCUUUGCCAGUUUCAGACUCAACUGCUCUUAACGUAGACGAUAUUCUUAUUCCUAAAUCAGGAGCCUAUAACUUCGAUCCCAAUCAGUGGGACGACCCCAACUUCAAUCCGUUUGGUAGCAACAGCACAGCGAGCAGCUCUCCAGUGCUCCCUAAGAGCUCCUACAGUUUUGAUCCAGACAAUUUUGACGACUCUGUGGACCCUUUUAAAUCCUCCAAAAAUACUACCAACGAGGACUCGUCCAGCAGUGCCCCUCAGCCGGAGAAAAAAGUGAAAGACGUGGGCAAACCUAAAGUAGUGAAGCCAGCGGGAGAGAAGAAAGCCAGGCAGAUUCCCAAGAAAGAAAAAGAGAGGGCAAUCGACCCGGGGACCUCUGAGCAAGUCAAGUUUCUCUGUUUUCUGUUGAACUCCUGUAAAGUUCAGAAAUAUGAUGAGAGCCAGUCCUUGGUGCUUGAAGUGUGCGAUCAGGGGGGGGAGGAGGAGGAGGAGGAGGAGGUGGUGGCCUCGACCCCAGAGAUCACUCAGCGAGUUCAUCACGCCACUGAUGAGGAGAAGCUCGCCUGCUCCGGCAUGUUGGGCCAGAGCGCAGACAUCCAGGAGGAGAGAGGAGAACCCCAGUGCAACAAAGCACCUCCGAAAAAACAGACAGUCGAUAAAUCAAUCGAUGAUAUAUGUCUUAAGGAUGGUCCUGAGACAAAGAUUACAGAUCACCCAGAGGAGAAGGAAAUCUGCAGUCUGAAAAGUGAUAUAAGUGAGAUGUCCAUGAAGCUUUCCACAAAGAUGGCCAGCAGUGAGGGCUCAGACGCUGCCGCCCUGUCCCAGGACCACAUCUCUCUGAGUGAGAUGGACAAGGCCGCAGUGCUCACCCUGAUCAGAGAGGAGAUCAUCACUAAGGAGAUUGAGGUCAGUGAGUGGAAGAAGAAGUAUGAGGACAGCAGAUUGGAGGUUUUGGAGAUGAGGAACAUAGUUGCAGAGUAUGAGAAAACAGUUGCACAGAUGAUUGAGGACGAGCAGAACCAGAAGACGCUGUCCUGCAGUAAGUCUGUCAGACAGUUGACCUUGGAGAGGGACCAGGCAAUAGCCGACCUCAACUCUGUGGAGCGCUCCUUCGCUGACCUCUUCAGGAGGUACGAGAACAUGAAGGGGGUCCUGGAGGGCUUUAAGAAGAAUGAGGAGAUGCUGAAGAGGUGUGCGCAGGACUACCUGAUGCGGAUCAAGCAGGAGGAGCAGCGAUACCAAACCCUCAAGGUGCACGCUGAGGAGAAACUGGACAAGGCUAACGAGGACAUAGCACAGGUACGUGCCAAGGCCAACGCUGAGGGUGUGGCACUGAGCGCCAGCCUGAGGAUGGAGCAGAUGAAGGCGGAUUCACUAGAAAGAGCCGUCCUUCAAAAGAAUCAAGAGAUUGAGGAGCUCACUAAGAUCUGCGACGAACUGAUCGCCAAACUGGGACCAGAUUAAGUGGCUUUAACUCAAACUCUCACUGCAACAUUCAUGUAAAUACUGUACACGAUCUCACAUAAGCACACUUUUCUUUUUUCCUGCUCAUAUGUAUUUGAAAAAUACAUUUGAAAUCCAGAACGCUUGCUCUUUUCAAACUAGAAUAUGAAAGCAGAGCAAUAAUCUUUCAUUGUGUUAAUCAUGUCAUCGCAGUGGAAGAAGCACAAAGUCAAUAUGAGGUGAAUUUAAUUAUUCCUAAAGAGAUUUUUUUAUAUUUGGUGAAAGAUUGACAGUAAAGGCUUGUUUUAUUCUUCAAGCAUUCAACAGU